AUGAGCUCUGCUUCCAUCGUUGCCGACGUGAAACAACGAGCGAGGGAGUUGGAUCGGGACGACCCGCUCGCCUUCACUCGCAACGAGUUCUACAUCCCAACACGUUCCCAGAUAGCCAGUACCCGCUUGGCCGACUCAGACUCCAUAGCGGCAGAGUCUGAGGAUACUAGUGCAAGGAAAUGUGUUUAUCUAUGUGGAAACUCUCUGGGACUCCAGCCUAAGAGGACCAGCACACGCUUGAACCAAUAUCUUGCAACAUGGGCCACACAGGGAGUACAGGGGCACUUCAAGCCCGUCGAAGAAUCACCCCUCCCGACCUGGCUUGAUGCCGAUGCGCGGGCAGCCCAGCUCAUUGCCCCCAUCGUGGGCGCUUUCGAGUCCGAGGUUGCCGUCAUGCAGACGCUGACGGCCAACCUCCAUCUCCUGAUGUCUGCCUUUUACCACCCAGACAUCAACGGCAGACACAAAAUCAUCCUUGAAAGCAAAGCGUUUCCCAGCGACCAUUUUGCCGUGGAAACCCAACUCCGCCACCACGGCCUCGACCCAGCCACCUCUAUGGUGACCAUCGAGUCGCAAACCUCCAAGGACAACGUCUUCACUACCGAAGAGAUACUCUCAGUCAUCGCAGCCCACGCCGACACCACGGCCCUGCUUCUCCUCCCGGGGAUCCAGUACUACACGGGCCAGCUGCUCGACGUGGCGCGGAUCACUUCCUUUGCGCGGGAGCGGGGCAUCUUUGUGGUAUGGGACCUGGCGCACGCCGUGGGCAACGUGCCGUUGGCGCUGCACGACUGGGACGUGGACGCGGCCGCUUGGUGCAGCUACAAGUACCUCAACGGCGGGCCGGGGUGCAUUGGCGGCAUGUUUGUGCACGACCGCAACAGCGCCGUCACCCGCCUCAUCUCGGACGAGAAGCCCGAGGAAGGCUACACCAACCGCCUCGCCGGCUGGUGGGGCAACGACAAGGGCUCCCGCUUUGUCAUGGCCAACCGGUUCCACCCCGUCCAGGGUGCCGCCGGGUUUCAGCUGAGUAACCCGAGCAUUCUGGACAUUACCAGCCUGUGCGCGUCGCUCGAGGUGUUUGAGCUGGCUGGCGGAAUGGCGAGAUUGAGGGACAAGUCAGUCAGGCUGACGGGGUUCUUGGAGGAGUUGUUGGUUAAGGACUACGGGGAUGGCGGCAUCAUCGGGGAGGAGGAGAGGCGAUUGUUUAGGGUCAUUACGCCUAGUGAUCCGGACCAGAGGGGCGCCCAGUUGAGCUUGCUGCUUGACGAGGGGCUGCUGGAGACGGUGAUGAGGGAGCUGGAGAGGAGGGCGGUUAUUGUGGACGAGCGGAAGCCGAAUGUUAUUCGGGUUGCCCCAGCGCCGUUGUACAAUACGUUUGAAGAGUGCGUCGAAUUUGUCGAGGCGUUCAAGGAGGCGCUCGCGACGGCAUGGAAGAUGAAAUGCCGGACAGCGGACUAG